UUAAUAAAUUCUAUUUGGGCCGCGCCAGUUUUUUCAAUUAGUUUAACCAUUUCGGUUUAGUGUGUGUUGUUGGAUGAUCUUUGGUUUAUUUGUGGGUUCAAACGGUUUCGACCUCAACACAAUGUAAACUUGGUCGAUUUUUUGACAAAUUGUGACUAAUUAAUUAAUAUGAAGUGAGGUGUGAGCUAUUUUCAAAUUAUGAGCGCCUACAGAAACUACGUGCCUUGGAACAAAUCGCCGAAUUCCUCCACAAGUUUUUCGUCCAAAAAAGAAGGGACAAAAUACGAUUCGAGUUUUGGCAAGAAGAAGGAUGAAGAAAAGAGUGCCACGGCCAGGAUUGCCUCGAAAUAUGGCGCCUAUGGCUCAGGCUACCAGCGAGACAGCAGUGCUUCAGGAAGCAGCAGCUACUCGAGCCGGCUUAAACCAACUCUGGAAAAAAAGGAGACGAACCACCCUCCCGUCUCUUAUCGGGCUUUAGCCCGAACAACCCCCCGGUCACGUGACCCUAGCCCUGACAAAAGCUCCUCUUCUUCGAGCUACAACUACAAUCGCCUUUACCCCACCAGGCCCUACACCCGCUCUGUGAGUAGGGAACUGGACACUUCCACCACCAUACCGAAAUAUUCCGGACGCUCCUCACUCAGUAAAGAUGACGUGUCCAGUCGGCGUUCGUCCGUAAGCCGGGAAGACUUAUCCAAAUACACUGGACGUUCUUCCACAACGAAGGAAGACCUAGUCCCGAAAUAUUCAGGACGGUCUUCACUCACCAAAGACGAUUUGUCGCGCUAUAAGCCGACAAGUCGCGAAGAUUUAUCUUCAAGUUCCCAGAAAUAUAUCAACAGCCGGUUUCUUCCGAAAAAUUCUGUUGAGAAAAGCUAUACGGCCUACACCAGGCCUUCUGCGAUCAGAUCGCACGAAACCAUUCGCAAAAAUCGCGAACUACUCAAUGUCUUGCACGCGCAACAAGAGCAAAGUCGGCCCACAAGUCGCUGCGACGCCAAAACCCCUCCCAAAGAACCGGAAACGGAAACUGUCUCAACCAUAACCAGAGCCACUUCCCCUUCCCCCACCACCACAAACAUCGCUCGCUCCCGGCGAACCGAAAUCGCCAAAACCGUCGAAAAACAAACAACACGUGCCAAAAACCGGCCAAUGAGCGACAAGGAAGUCCAAUCGGACGACACUAAAAAUCCCAGGGUUUCAGGAGCGGGCCGUAUGGUGGCCACUCCUUGGAGUUCGUUCCUCGAUAUGAAAUUUUCGAGUCCAAACGACCAAACCCGCAAAAGUGUCUCACGGACGAACUCCAGCAAAAGUCUGGAGAAGAAAUCACCCCCCAAGAAGACUUCCCCCACCAAGCAACUCCUCCCACCCCAAAUCCCCAAAAGCGACUCGAAAUCAUCGUCGUUACAUUCCAUUAGCACCGCGAAUAAGGAUUUCAGGAAAUCGGUCCUGAAUAUGAACCCUGAAGGGGGGAAGAAGAAGGUUGGGAGGAGGAGUAAUUCGGCGAGUUCGGCUGAGUCCGAGCCUGAAGUCCAGGCGUCGGAAGCAACCGACGUUUCGGAGAAUUUGACGAGUUGUCCGUCUUAUCACAAGAGUAGUUCUUCGAGUUCUAAGUUGCCGCAGAGGGUUGAUAAGGGGGGGCAGAGGAGUCGAAGGUCGCCGAGUUCCGAUGGGAGCACCUCGUCGUCGUCUGCGAGCGAGGAGGAGAAGAAGGAUUUGAAGGUUAACUCCUCGAGGACUUCCAUGGCGGUGUCGUCAGCUGAUGAGUCGCCGAAACCGCCACCAAGUCCAAGACUCAAGUCGGAAGCCGAAGCCAAGUCGUUUCUAAUGAGGGCUUUGGCGCCGGUUACGAGUUUGUUCAAGACCAAGUAUCAAGGAUCCAGUGACAAAAUCAACUGGAUGGACGAAAGCCCCCCCACCACUCCAAAAAGCGACCAAAAACCGGCGAAAAACUUCAAAAAAAUCGAAUCCGGUGAACGCGCCUGGUGGUUGGACGACACCACAGCCUCCUGUUCCCUCCCAAAGGACUCUGAAAAGAGCCAACCGAAAACCAAACCCUUCUUACGCAAUAUCGAUUCCGGGGAAAUCCCCUGGUGGCUCGACAAAAACGCCGAAGUCCCUGAAGGCGUCCAAACGUACCCCGAGGAAUCCCCUCAGAAAAUUUUCCGUCUUGGGAGUACUGACACUGAGCCCAGUAGCAAUAUCAUGGACGCUGACUACCAAGAGCGCCACAAAAUCAGACACAUCGACUCAGGAGAGCGCUCUUGGUGGCUCAGCAGCGCUGAGAAUAUCCCCGAAAUGGUGCAAGCUCAGGAAAAGAGCGAGAAACCGAAAUAUGCAAUCAGGCAUCAGGAAUCAGGGGAGAAAGCCUGGUGGUUGCAGUCGAACUCACACUCAGAGGAGUUCGACCAGACUCAGGCCCCUUUGGGCGAUAGGGCGAGUCCUGAGGGCUUGGAAAUGCCAGAAGGGAGGUUAAGUCCCUAUGAUAAUGUCCCUGUGAGGAGUAAUAAGGGAAAGAAAACAGCGAAUUUGUUUAUUUCCAAACAUAGAAAUAUUGACGAGAUUUUGGGAGGGUGUGGGCCGAUGUGGAUUUUUGAUUACCAAGGUCAGGAAAAAGAGGAGAAGUGCAUGGAAGUGGACGCCAAGGAGGUCAGGAUUCACGACAGUACGCCCCAGAGGGGAGUCAUUCAGCCCGCUCGGAUUGACAACAUCGGUGGUUUCCCGAAGACUUUUUCGCCGUACGGAAAGUUGGAUGAUGCGGCACUUCAGUUGUACAAAGAUGGGGAUUAUGGGUCUUACCUUGACCUCGAAGCUUCUAUCAGUGAACAGCAAGAAGAGUUUGAGGGUUUUCAAUCAAAUAAGAAGAAUUCGAUCGUUUUAAGGACACAGCUGUCGGUUAGAGUGCACACGAUUAUAGAAAAAUUACUAACUUCCGAAGGCCGCGAACUGCGUCGCGCACUUUUCUCCCUCAAACAAAUCUUCCAAGAGGAUAAAGACCUGGUCCAUGAGUUUGUCCAAAACGAUGGGUUGUCGUGUCUCAUCAAAGUCGGCUCUGAAGCCGACCAAAACUACCAAAAUUACAUUUUGCGGGCCUUGGGCCAAGUGAUGUUGUAUGUGGAUGGGAUGAACGGGGUGAUGGAACACAACCAAACCAUCCAAUGGUUGUACAGUCUCAUUUCGUCAAAGUUCCGACUUGUGGUCAAAACCGCCUUGAAGUUGCUUUUGGUUUUUGUGGAAUAUACGGAAUCGAAUUGUUUGCUGUUGAUCAAAGCGAUUCAAGCGGUUGAUUUUGCACAAGGUGUUCUGCCUUGGCACAACAUAAUGAAACUACUCAAAGAUUUUGAUUCCGCUGACACCGAACUCCUGAUCUAUGCUACAACUUUGAUCAAUAAAGUACUAAAUGGAGUACCAGAUCAAGACACUUAUUACGACCAAACCGAUUCACUUGAGGAGCAAGAAAUCGAGCGAAUAAUCCAAAGAUACAUGUCCAAGCCGGGAACUGAUCUGGACUUACUCCAACAAUUCCAAAUUUACGAAGCCGUUCUUCAAUACGAAGACGGCGAAGAAGGCGGAACCCCAAUCCGCCACUUGGACGAAAGUAUCCGAAAGACGCUCCGAACGCGAAAAUCAGUCUCGGAAGCGAACGAACGCAGAAAAAGUCGGAGACACUCCACCGGGACUUCCCCGCACCCUCACCCCCUUCUAGCGCGCAACAACAACAGGUCCCUCCAGAUCAACGUCGAAGACGACGAAUCGUCAAGCUCCCAGUCGUCGGAAAUCAACAAUUCGCAGCUGAAUGGAUGCUAUAAGGACAGUAACAAAGCGACUGACGCUGGCGUCACCCCCGCUUUGAGGAGGAGGCGGGAACGGGCGGAGAGACAGAGGAGUUUCAUGCGGGAGCAGCAGGAGACGGUGGAGUUGUUGAGGGCGGCGUCCCAGAAUGAGGAGGACGAGAAUGAGAAUAAUUUGGGAAACUACACAAACGCCCUCCAGCAGCGAAUCGCCAACCGCAAAGACAUCACCCCUCUCAUGAACGCAGUCAACAAGCUUGACUCUGAAGAGAACCUCACUAAACAACCCUGGAUCCUUUACGACGACUCCCAACAGCCAAUCGACGAAAACACCGAAAAUUCGAACGAAAACGAGCGAAAUGUCCUCCUCCAACUCAAACGCGAAAACACAGUCAAAGACCUGACCCAAAAAUUGGCCAAUCAAAAUAUCCUCCAUAGUCCUUCAGACGAAAACAAACCGAACCGAAUCGGCGACAUGACCGGUUUAAUUUCCAAGGCCAAAGAAGGCUUAGCCAAGUCCAAGUCCAAAGCGGACGUGCUCAAGAGCCCAACAACUGAAUCCCCGCCAAAAAUCGAAGUAAAGAAGUCCGAAAACGAGCUCAGAUGGGAGGAGUUAGUCGCGAAUUUAGAUCGUCCGUUGAACUUGUGUGAUAUGGACUUCACUGAUUUGGGGAGCGACGACGAGGCGGAUGUUCUGGCCCCAGCUGCUGUGUUCAAUGGAAUCCCUCCACCUCCUCCCCCUUUGAAGGAGAACGGGGCGCCCCCACCUCCCCCCUUAUCAAAGGGGCCCCCUCCCGUCCCAAACCCCCCAGUUUUUGGGGUAACCCUCCCACGAAUGUCCAAACAAGCCGAAACCAAAAUCCCAAUCAAGAAAAACAAGAAGACAGUAAAACUCUUCUGGAAGGAAGUCCGAGAGGAUCCAGUUUGCUCCUCCAAACUCAAGACUGGUUUUAUUUGGGACGAACUGAAACCAGUUUGUGUCGACACCCAAAAACUGGAACACCUGUUCGAGUCAAGGGCCAAGGACCUCAUUACGAAGAAACAGCAAGAGAUGAAUAAAAACAAGGAAAUAAUCGUCCUGGACCCGAAACGCUCCAACGCCAUCAACAUCGGCAUGACUAAGUUACCCCCCCCACGUUCCAUCAAAACCGCCAUUUUAAAAAUGGACGCCACCAUAAUGAACCGGGAAGGUAUCGAAAAAUUGCUCACAAUGCUGCCAACUGAAGAGGAAAGGUCUAAAAUACAAGAAGCCCAAGCUGCCAAUCCUGAUCUUCCUCUAGGGAGUGCGGAACAGUUCCUUUUAACUCUAGCAUCAAUCUCUGAAUUACCGGCAAGACUUAAAUUGUGGGCUUUUAAGCUCGAUUUUGAAAAUUCCGAACGGGAAAUUGCCGAACCCUUGAUGGAUUUGAAGCAAGGGAUUGAGGUUUUGCGAGUGAAUAAGACGUUUAGGGGGAUUUUGAGCACCCUUUUGUCGAUAGGGAAUUUUUUGAAUGGGAAUGAGGUGAAAGGGUUCCAAAUUGAUUAUCUUGCCAAAGUACCUGAAGUCAAAGAUACGGUCCAUAAGCACUCUUUGUUGCACCAUCUUUGCCAUAUUGUUAUGGAGAAGUUCCCAGACGCGACUGAUUUGUAUUCAGAGAUUGGUGCAAUUACUCGAGCUUCCAAAAUCGACUUCGACGAACUUGCCUUGAACAUCCAGAGGCUUGAGGCCGAUUGCAAGGCCUCCUGGGACCACUUGAAACUCAUAGCCAAACACGAUGGUUCCACUAUGAUGAAAGUCAAAAUGUCCGACUUUCUAGCCGAUUGUGCCGAAAGAAUUAUUCUGGUUGGAAUCAUCCACAGGAGGGUUAUGAACAGAUUUCAUAAAUUUUUAUUAUGGUUAGGGAUCCCUCUACAUCAACUGUCGGAUACCAAGCCAAAUGAGUUUUGUAGAAUCGUUUCCGAGUUUGCCUUAGAAUAUCGAACGACAAGGGAACGAGUUUUACAACAGUUGGAAAAGAAAGCCAAUCAUCGCGAACGCAAUAAAACGAGGGGGAAAAUGAUAACGGAUAUUGGCAAAUUCCGCACCAAGGAGGACCGCGCCGACGCCGAGCUGCGCCAACUCCUCGGCAGCGACAUCUCCGACGUGGAGAGCAUGCAAGGCACUCUCCCGUGGCGCCGCACUCGGCGCGAUUCCAACCGUUCCUUCCUAGGCCAAGCCAACGGCAACCUGACAGAUGGAGACGACGAAAUUCUGGAAAGCCUCGUCAAGACUGCCACCAAGGGACCCUCCAGGACGGCGCCACGCGAACGGAAACGCACGAGACACGCCGACAGAAAGUCGCUGAGACGAACUCUGAAGAACGGUCUGUCCGAAGAGGAGAAAAAGCACCUGUCGGCCUACAUCAAAGGCUACUAACCCGUCCCUGGUGCCAAUUCCUGUCUAGAGAAUUUUACAUUGUUUUUAAUUUAUUUAGCGCAUCUGUGAGAUGUUAAAUGUAUACUAUUACAACUGACUUUGUUAUGUGAUAAAAGUAUGGCUGCUCACUCAUCUUGUUGUUUUUUUUUUAUUAUUAAUUUAUAAAAAGAAAAACAUUGGAAUAGUUAGCACAUCGUAGGAUUAGGUUUAAUUUAUUUACUUUGUAACGGUAGGAAGGGAUGAGGACAGCGCGUUUGAAUGUAAUGUGCCUUAAAAGAAAUGGCAACACAACCAAACUAGUCUUGGUUUUACUCAUAAUUUUUUAUUUGUCUUCAAGUGUGAGUGACUUUUUUUCUCUUUUUUAAUCAAGACUAUUUCUGGGAAAUUUGAGCUACUUUUUUAUUUUCUCCUUUUUCAUUGCUGUGUUUAUGUUACUAGGUAGAUUACUAAAGAUGAAUUUACCUUAAUAAAUAAAUUUUGUUAUGAUAA